GUGACAAAAAAAGUAAACCCAGCUUAAGAAAUAUUAAUUUUUUUCCAAUAAAAUACUAAUAAGAAAAUUUUAUUUAGGGAUUACAAGAGGUCAUACUUCUGCAGUACUUGGCAAAUUAUUUCCAUUCUGGAUUCCCAAAAGAGGACAUACUUAGAUAUCUACAAGAUGGAUCUGGCGGAGACGAUGAAGAAUGUGUUAGCGAAGAGUAGUGGAAAUGCCACUAGUACGGCAAGUGGAUCCACCGCGGCAACCCCGCACGGCGCAGAGGGAUAUGUCACAGAAAAGCUUUAUAUGCUAUUGCAACUAUAUUUACAAAAUAAGGGCUGGAGUCCCAGUAUAGAGCUACUACAAUGUUUCAGCGAUCUCAAAGAGUCUUCCAUGCUUCCAAGUGCAACUUAUUUACAAAUGAUGGCAUCAAGGGUUGGUUUAGAUGCUCAAGGACGUCUGAUUUAUCGUGAGAAUGGUAAAAUAAUCUUACCUUAUGAACAUUUUGCUAAUGCUGUUAUGUUGAAACACAUGAAUGGUCCCCAUGGCCUACAUUUGGGAUUAGAGGCAACUGUCAGAGCUGUGGUUGAAUCUUAUACAAUUGGUAGAGAACAAUUUGGAAUGGAGAAAGAGUUUAUUGUAGAAGUUGUUCAAAAUUGUCCAAACCCAGCUUGUCGCUAUUACAAGAACCAGUUAGAAAUGACACAGAAAUCUAUACAACAACACUUAUCUCAACAACCAACAUACAUACCAGAUGCAGGCAGUUCCAAUUUAUCAGACAGUCAAGCAGUAGAGCGCCUACUCCGUGGUGCAGCACUGCCACAAGACUAUCAGCUGCCACUUGCACCACAUCUUGCCGCUCUCAGUGAGUUGUUAACAAAUUUAGCGGGUGACAAAACAGACCGGCGUGCGACUGAUAAACUCUCACAGCAUCAGCAAAUGUUACUGCACCAAAAUCGUUCCAUGAGUCACCAGUCAAUUGAUAAAUACUCCCAGAGGUCAUCUUCACAAUCUUCUUUGGACACCAAGUCUAAACACCACUACACUGAUGAUCACAAAUUAACUGAUUUUCUAAGAGCGAACCUGGAGAGCCUGGAGUCUCUAUCGGGAGGGUCAAGUGGGUCAGGCGGUCAGGAACGCGUAGUGCGUGCUUUCGCAGAGUUGGCCCGUAACUUGCAACGUAUGCGGCCUUGUGUCCGGCCAGCUAUGUGUAAACCUUAUGGGAAACAGAGCGAGCAACUGCAGAAGAUCCUCUUGGAUACAAUUCAGUUGGUCCAAUCGCUCCGUAGCUAUCUGCCUCCGCCGCACAUACAAGUCACAUCGUGGAAGAACGAUGAUAAAUUGCGUUCAAAUAAUAUGGAUGACUUGGAGAGCCGUAAGAUAGUUAGCGGUAACUAGCACUGUGCCUCGGACUGAGAUCAUGACAAAUUGAAGGUAUUAUUUUAUAUGAAAAAUUAUUAUGUUUAUAUAAGUUUCAGUACUUAUUAAAAAAGUUAUAUUCAACUAUUCCGCUAAUUUUGAUACUUCGGUACAUUUUUAUUAUCUAUUCUGUUGUUUUAAUAAUCAUGUUAUUAUAAUUGAAAUAUUUAUUUUUAUAUCCAAGAUUUUAUGAAGUAUUAAUGUAUACAUUGAACCAGUAACAAAAUUGAGCGUUAUAUAGGAUUGACAAAUCUUGAUACUAGUUUCACGGUUGAUUAAUGUUUUGGAAUAUAUCAAGAUAUUUGUAUAGGUUUCUGUUAUUUAUUAAUCUCUGUCAAUGAAUUUGUUUUGCGAUAUUAUAAUAUACAUUGGUCUCUAUAUGUUAAGGCGUGGUCCAUAGUAUCGAAAGUAAAAUAAGUAUAUAUUAUGUUCAUAUUUGUCUUAUGGAGUGUGCAUUAAAAACCCUAAGAAUAGUUUUUUUUUCGCAAAAGUAUUACAUUUUUUUUUGCUUAAAGCCGCCAUUAUUGGUUUAAUUUUUGACAGUUUAUAUCAAAUUAUCA